AUGAGGCCUCCUCGCGGACGUGGCUUUGGCGGAAGAGAUGGCGGCAGGGGUGGCAGGGACGGUGGGAGGGGUGGUGGCCGCGGCUUUGGCGGGCGCGGCGGCGGGCGUGGCGGCGGCGGCUACGGCUACGACCAGGGGCCGCCGGAUUCCGUAGUGGAGGCGGGCUCGUUCAGCCACCCCUGCGAAGGCGAGGCUGUGUGCAAGCUCACCAAUGAGAAGGUGCCCUACUUCAACGCGCCCAUCUACCUGGAGAACAAGACACAGAUCGGCAAGGUGGAGGAGAUCCUGGGGGCCAUCAACAACGUGUACUUCACUGUGAAGAUGUCGGAGGGCGUCCAGGCGUCGUCCUACACAUCGGGCGACAAGUUCUUCAUAGACCCCAUGAAGCUGCUGCCAAUGGAGCGCUUCCUGCCGCAGCCAAAGGGCGCACCCGGCGCCGGCGGCCGUGGAGGGGUGGCGCGCGUGGCAGCUUUGGCGGCGGCAGGGGUGGCUUUGGCGGCAGGGGCGGCGGCCGCGGCGGCGGCGGUGGGUUCGGCGGCAGGGGCGGCGGCAGGGGCGGGUUUGGCGGCGGCCGUGGGGGUGGCUUUGGCGGGGGUCGCGGCGGUGGCUUUGGCGGCGGCAGGGGAGGCGGUAGGGGCGGGGGCCGCGGGCGGUACUGAAGACCAUCUGGCUGCCAGCGCCGCCCUGCGUGCGGCCUUCUCUUUUGUACUGCAGAUGAGGCCAGAUCUCCUGCGGUCCCUGCUCAACUUCAGCGGAUCCCCGCCCAAGGCCGGGGGCGGCGUCUUGCUGGGGGCGCGGAUCGUGGCCAGCGCUGGCGCAGACUCCCCGCAGCAGCGGCCAGUGUUCAAGCUCACCAGCAGCGGCCCAGAGAUGAGCCUUGACGACAUCAGGGACGCCUUUGAGGUCUGCUCCCUCAUCCCGUCGCCCGGCGAGCGCUCCCAGUGCUACUCGUGCUGGGGCAUCGACUCUGACCGCAUGGCGGCCUACUAUGAUCUCGUGCUCGACCUGGAGCGCUCCCUGGAGGGCGGGAUGGUGGCGCACCACAUGGCAGACCCGGACGAGUUUCAGUCUGUCAACACCUCCAUGGCCGAGUGA